UCUUGUUAACUGAAACGGGCAGUAUAUUAUUCCCACCGACACGUGAGAAAACCAAGUAAAGAAUUUAAUGAAGUUACGAGUAAAACAAGACAUCAAUAUCUCCAUAUCCGAGACUCACUAGAUUGAGAAUUAUUGGGUCUUCUCAUUGUCUUCUCCGUUUCAGUUGAAAUUUAGACUUUUCUGCAGAUCUAACUGAACUGACCUCAACACAAAGUCAAACCAUUUGCCGCUAUUUUAUGAUAUAACAAGACACCCAUUCAGCUGCUUUUUAUUAUUAAAACUGAUCACAUUCUAGCAUUUCUGUCUGGGUUUCUAUCAUCUCUCUCCAGGUUGUUACAGCCUCUUAUUGGUAUCGGUAAAGAGACAUAUAUAGUGGUUGGAUUUUAGAAAUUCCAUCAUGUUUAAGCAAUCGAGUAGGAAUCAGAGAUCAAAAGGGGGCUUCAAGGUAAAACAUGCUAUUCAAUUGGGUGUUUUGCUUGUUGUUUGCAUCUGGUUACUUCAUAAAGUCAACAAAUCAGAUGACACCGGAGAAGAAAGCAUCACGAAUGUCUCUGAAAAAUUAGGCAGCAAUGUACAUGAGAUUUCGAAGAUUGGGAGGAAGGGUCUUCUACCUCAAGUAGAAAAAACAAAUUCUGAGAAUGAGAACAAUGGGGAGGAAGAAGAUAACCAAGAUGAGGAAGAAGAGGAAAAAGAGAAGCCAGCAGAGAUGGAGAUUCAUAUGGGAGGAGUUGGUGAUGAUGAGAUUGACGAACACAAUCAAGAGCAUUCUGAGGGUCAAACUGAGAAAGAAGUGGAACCUGUUGAUGAAAAUGACAAGGAACAAGAUGAAAAUGAGAAUGAAGAAACUGAAGAGAAGAAAGACAGUGAAAGUUCGUCCGAGGAUGAGGAGUUUCACACUCAGGAUGUACAAGAGGAGAAUGUCAAUGGGGAAGAAAAUGAGGGUGAAGAGAAAGAUGAGAAGAAUGUCAAAGGGGACGAAAAUGAGGGUGAAGAGAAAGAAGAGAAGAAUGAGAGUGAAGAGAAGAACGAGAGUGAAGAAAAAGAAGAGAAGAAUGAGAGUGAAGAAAAAGAAGAGAAGAAUGAGAGUGAAUCGAAGAAUGAGAGUGAAAAUUCUGCCAAGGACAAGAACACCCAGGAAGCAAGAGAGGAAAACUACAAAGGUGAUGAUGCUUCAAGUGCCGUAGUUCGAGACAACCAAGACGUAGAGUCUGAAACUGAAAAUGGUGGUUCAGUAAACUCAGAUGGAGAGCAAGUAGAAAAGAAAGAAACUGAUGAACAGGAAAGCAACAUCGCUGAAGAAGUUACCUCUGAUCAGCAUGAUUCGGGCUCGAAGUCAGAAGAUGAGAAAAUUGCUACUAUUGGUGAAGAUAACAAAACCGAGACUCCUCUUUCUUCUCUAUCUAACUCCACAAAUACUGCAGAAUCUAAUGAUCAACCAGAAGUAAAUAGUGUUCCGACCCUUGAGACUGCAGCUUCUCCUAGUUCCUUUCUACAAAAUGCAACAGAUGUGAACUCAGGUUCCACUCAGGAUCAGACCGAGGUGACACAGCAAACUGUUGUAGCUAAUCAGACUGAAACUCCUGACGCAGACGUGAAGGUGGAGCAAUCUUCAUCCAUUUCACUGGCACCUUCUGCAAAUGUGACAUCUGAUUCAGCUAAGGGAGAACUAACUGAUUCAACUGGUAAUUUGGAGACUGUUUUACCCGAUGAAGUGUCGUCCACAAAAUCAAAUACGACAGUAGCUGGAGUGGAAGAUAGUUUAGUAUCUUUGGAUACAAGUGACAGUGCAGCUGCGAGUGAUAAAUCUGAAACUGUCGCAGAAAGGAGUGAGAUGGUUGAUGUUAACCAAAGUGAGAAUUCUGAAACGCUUCUAAAGAAUGAGAAUUCUGAAAAUGCCAAUGGGGCAGAAAACAAAGAAUCCGAGUCAGCUGCAGAGAAAAAAGAGACAGAAAACGACUCGUCUUUGUCAACUUCAACAGCAAAUGAAAAUUCAGAUACAACGCAAAGCGAGAGUUCUGAAAAAAUUGAGGAGAAUGAGAAAACAGAGAACUUGAGUACAGAAACUGGUGGGGGUGUUGAGACAAUGAAAACAGAAAACAAGUCUGAGUCUUCAACCUCAACAGCAAACCUGAACUCGGAGACAACCCAGGGUGAGAAUGCUGAAAAAAAUGAGGACGUAAACACAACACAGAAUGAAGGAUCUAGUACAAGUUCGGAGAAAGAGGAAGCAGGAAACAACCCUGUAUCUUCAACUACAGGUGAAAAUGAAAAUACAUCUCAAGUUGAAGAAUCUGAAACAAAUGAGGAGCCCUUGCUAGAGGCCGAAAAGGAAGAGAAAAGUGGUGAAGAGGUAUCAGCAGAGUAAGAUAUUAGAGUAAUUACUCAUAUAUGCUUUAUCUGGUUUUACAUUGGCUGUUACAUUCUAUUUAUUUGUUGUUCUACUACAAGAUGAAAGAAAUGGGAAAGGCUCUUGAGCCUUGGCACUCCUCCAAUUUUAAAGGAAAAAGAGUGUACUUGUAGGUCAGAAAAACAGGAUGUAACUUAUUAAUAUUUUCAUCUAGUUAGUAAGAUGUUUUUUGUUUUUUUUCU